ACUUGCACUUGCACUUGCACUUGCACUGGCAUUCUCACUUGCGCUUGCAUCCGCUGCUGCCAUGCUUCCUUCCCUCAGAUCGGCGACACUGAGCGCCCAUCUGCGCCGCCAAAUCCCAGCAGCCCUCGUCCCGGUGCGCCUGAACCAGACUUUGGUACACAGCUUCGACACGUACAAGUUCGUGCAGAGGCUCGAGGCCGAAGGGUUUCAGCGCGAGCAGUCAGAGGCCCUCAUGGACUCGCUUUCGCAGGUGCUGGAAGAAAGCAUCAAGAGCAUCUCGGAGACCUCAGUGCAAACGAGCGAGUUUGAAAAGGUGGCCUACAUGAACAAGGUCGACUUUGCCCACGUCCGCAACGAGAUGUCGCUUCUCGAAAAGAACGACUUUGCCUUGAUCAAAUCCGACACGCUUCGGCUGCAAGCUGAGCUGGAGAAGCUGCGCCAGAAAAUAUCAGAGGAGUAUCGCCAGCUGCAGUCCAGCGUUCGGCUGGAGCUUUCGCUUGAAAAGGGCCGAAUUCGCGACGAACAGAGCAAUCAGGAGCUUAAGAUCAAGGAGGCCGACACCAAGAUCGACUCGGAGGUGUCUCAGAUGAAGGGCCAGAUGGAGACAAUCCAGUGGGACCUGUUCAAGACCCUCUUUCCUCUGUUUUGUGCCGGCGGAGCCCUCUUCUUCAGUUAUCUGCGCUUCGUCAAGUAGCAGCGUCGCGAUUGCGUGCUCGAGUCAAACCUCGAAUCCUUCAGCAGCACUUCUAUGACCACUCGUUUGUUCGUACAAGUGUUACUGGCCAUACCAGCGUCAGGAGCGCUUUCGCGCGCCUUGCAUUCCACCCAAAAUUGAAAUGGGAUACAGUACAUACGUGAAUGCUGGUUGAUCUCCUGGCUGAAUGAUGUUGAUGUUGAUGUUGAUCGAUCUCCAGGCUGGAUGACAUCGAUUGGCGCUCGCACGAUUGUGAUGGACUCGGCCGAUGAGAUAUCGACCGCGGAGAUGCCACGGUCUUGGACGGGCUCCAUGGGACGAGCACCCGAGGAAGCGAUCUUACCCAUUUGGUGGAUCUCGGCCGAGUGCACGAUACGAUCCAACUGCGGCAUGCUUUUGUCCGAGACAGACGAUAUGUUCCAUUGCUUUUCUUCCAACACGCUGUACCUUCCGCCCGCCAGCAUCACUUC